AUGGUUAAGGCUAAGUUCAAGAGGGUGAAUUACACCGAUGUCGCCCAGGAGAGUCCGAUCCCGGGCAGAGGGGCUUCGGCUAGCGCUCAAGGAGCGCCCACUCACGUCUCUUCGCAGGCCGAGAAGGCCGCUGAAAUUUCUCUCGCUGGGAAGAAGGCUGGAAAACGCGUGGCAGACCCUCCUGCUGAGGCCGCAAAAAAGCUUUCUGAAAAGGAAGUCAUGAAGAAGAGGCCUUCUAAGGCCGCUGCUGAGGGCUCGAAGAAGAAACAGCGCGUCGUGGUAUCGACGCAAAAGUCCGCCUCUGUCGAAGUCGCUGCUACGGGUUCCGAGGAGGGUCAGGCGGCUUAUGAUCUUUCGCAUGCGCUGAGCUAUGCUCCAAUAUCCCUUGCCAGCAUGGAGCACUUCUUUUCUGAGCCCGACGACUUGAUCGAAGCAGAGGCGUAUCAGCUGUUCACGGGGAGUAUAAUGGAGAUGAUCACACAUGGGAAUUUGAUCAUCGAAAAAUACGACUGUCGAUCUCGGGGGCUUUUGAAGAAGCUUGAGGAUUAUCCAAGCGUGAAGAAGGAGGCUAAGAAGGUUCCUGGUCUUGAGAAGAAGGUCGCAGCGUAG